AACUUCUUGAACGCUGUAUACAAAGACAAAUAUUUAAUAUGUAAAUACUUUUAAAGGCACAGCGAUAAAUGCCCGCGCCCCUCAUGUAAUAUGCUAAUUAGAAGGGCGUGUCUUACAGACAGGAGUAGCCAAUGCGACUGUUGCUGGAGGGCGGAGCGGACAUGUCUUCCUCUCCUCCCGUUUCCGUCGGAUGGUGUUCUCAGACUGGGCUGAAACCUGAGUCUCUACGACGAGUUGAGACCAAUAACCAGCCCGUUUCAUCACCAGCGGAUGGUACGAGGGCAGCUGUGAGUUCAUGAAAUGUGUACCGGUCAAUGCGCUUUAUCCGACCGCUAGAAGCGCGACUAUGGCCUAUUAUUUGUGUGACAUUAGAUAAAGGGAGUGCACCUUGCGUCCGAGAGCAUGGAGGUGACGUAUGCUGCUUUACAGCAUCUGCAGUUUGAUGCGUAGAAACACUGCUCACGAAUAAAGAUGGAUUUACCUCGUCGUUUUCCGGACCCGGUUCUCAACCCGAUAUUGUUCAAUGAAUCAGCGGGACACUUCGGUAUGAAUGAAGCUUGUGCUGCUGGGAGCGGGUCCGGCGCCAUGGCAACCAGCGCGUUGAGAAACGAUUUGGGUUCCAACAUUCAUGUGUUAAAAACUCUAAAUCUCCGCUUCCGCUGCUUCCUUUCCAAAGUCCACGAGUUAGAGCGCAGAAAUAAGUUAUUGGAGAUCCAGCUGCAGCACGCCCAAGAGCAAUCCCGGUACCGACUACUGUUUUCCCGGGAGCAAGCGGUCCAGACGAACUUCGAGCUGCCUUAUUCAAACGCACCGUGUCAGUCGAGACUCCCCGGUAGAAUCUGGAGUUUCUCGCACACCGCCAGAUACGGAGGACGAUUUGAGACCCAUCAGGGGCCUGGAGUGUCCUGGACUCAUCCCGACGGUGUCGGGGUUCAGAUUGACACCAUCACACCUGAACUCAGGGCCUUGUACAAUGUUUUGGCCAAAGUCAAGCGCGAGAGGGACGAGUACAGGCGAAAAUGGGAGGAGGAGGUGUCUAAACGUCAGCAGAUGGAGUCUUUGGUGGAAACAUUACAGGAGACUGUUCAGUCAUCUGAAGCUAUGCAGGGAGAACUGAAUGAGAAGAUGGACCGUCUUAAAACGGAGCUGGUAGUCUUCAAAAGCCUCAUGCCUCAUGAUGAAGUGUCUGACUUGGACACUAAAAUCCAGGAGAAAGCCAUGAAGGUUGAUAUGGACAUCUGCAGACGCAUCGACAUCACAGCCAAGCUUUGUGAUGUGGCACAGCAGAGGAACUCAGAAGACAUGAGUAAGAUACUGCACAGCAGCCCAUCCAGAGCUCCUCCUGAACAGAAAGGGGGGAUGGCGGUAUGCAGGAGGAAGGAGUAUAAGGGUGAAUCAGAGGAGCAGAGUGUGGAGACUGAUAGUGAUUCUGGUCAAAAGGAGGAGGAUGUGCCUGGUUCUCUCAACAUCACUGAUGAAAUGAAGAGGAUGCUUAACCAGCUGCGGGAAACGUUCGAGUUUGACGAUGACUGUGACAGUCUGGCGUGGGAGGAGACUGAGGAGACGCUUCUGCUUUGGGAGGAUUUCAGUAACUACAACAAACUGAACCUCGCCACCAACGCUGCUGGCACAGUCACCACCGCCACCAACGCUGCUGGCACAGUCACCACAGCAUCCUGCUCAUCUGACUCUCAUGGAGAGACACACGAGCAGGAUCGAAGUCUAGGAAGCCUCAUAAAUGAAACGGAGUCCCUCUUUAAGACCAGAGAGCAGGAGUACCAGGACACCAUCGGUCAGAUUGAGCUGGAAUUGGCCACAGCCAAGAAUGACAUGAACAGACACCUGCACGAGUACAUGGAGAUGUGCAGUAUGAAGAGAGGGCUGGACGUACAGAUGGAGACCUGCCGGAGGCUCAUCCAAAGCACAGCCACCCCCGGCAGACAAUCGCCCUCCCUCAGCUCUGUGGCCAGCAGUGAUUCAGGAAACACUGACGACAUCCAGGACGAGCUGGAGCCUGAUGGAGCGAGAGAUGGAGAGAAAGAAGGGGCGGGAGAGAUGAAUGGAGAAGUUAGAUGAUGAUCGGCCCUUCAUCAUUCUGGUUUCUCAGCUUCUUUGUGAACCAGUCACUCUUUUAAGUGUCUGGUCACUUUUUCUUACACAGUACAGAUGAGUGUGGAAUUUUUAGAUUCCCAAAGAGCAAGUAUUGGUGCUUUAUAUGCUGUCUAAGAGCAGGACUAGCCAAAAUAAAGCAGUUCCCUCUUCAUCAGCACUGCCAAGGCAUGGCUCCAUAGUCUUUCUCACUAGCUUUAACUGAGGUCACACUCUUUAUACUGUGAUGAAUACCAUAGAUAAUAAUGCAUACUAAAAUAUAUAAAUAAUAUGAUAUUGUAUUUUAUUAUAAUAAUAUAUUAUUAAUGUAAUAUAAAUAUUAUGGUAUAUUUAGUAAAUACACAAUUUCUGCUAUCUAUAUUGCUCAUUUGUUUACAUAAAUCUGAAAGGCAAGUUACACAACCACAACCAGUUUAAAUAACAAAUUAAAACACAUUAUAAAGGAAAGUAUCGCUCUACAUCGAGCUCUGGAAAAAGUUUAGACUUUCAACGUCACAAUAGUCAAUAGAUCAGCCAUGCAGUAUGCUUCACAAAAAUAUCUCUGCUCCGAGUCCGUUCAGAUGUUUUCACCACACGUAAUUGUUGCUGAACUAAACCACUGUGCACUAAGAUCUAUGCAAUAAUCUGGACUGGACUGGCGUUAUAUUCUGUGACUCUCUUUGCUGGAGGCAGGUUCAGUAUGUUUGAGGUGAUUCUCCUUAAGUGCAGUUUUUCCUUUGUUUCUUUGUAUUGGUUCUUUCAGUGUUGGAGAGUAGCAGUAAAACCCAAACUUGUGUGCCUACAAAUAUGCUGUAUACAGUGUCUUGGUUGCCUUAUAUUUUUCUCUGAAUAUUUUGAGGACACGCUUUUGCUUUGUUAUACACCAUUAAAUCGUCAAUCAUAUCCUAUCCCUGAUGAUGUAAAAACUGUUGUCUAAGAUGUUAAAUGGUGUGAAAUAAGGUUUUGGAUGAUCUCAAGAUUUGGAAGCCAUACAUAUAUCUGUCCUCAGGUGUUGGGAGGUUACUGAAAAUUAGCUAUUACUUUUAGUUCAAUACGUGGGUCAUUCUCAGGAAAAUAUGCCAUUUGUGCUAAAAAUUCUGACUUCUUUUUGUUUCUAAAAAAAUAAUAAAUAGGUUUACAAGUUACAAUACCGAUUAUCAAAGUACAUAUACUAACCCCAAAGCGCUACGUUAUUUCAGCCGCGUCACAAUAAAAAAUUAAAUUGAUAUACUUAUAAUACAGAACUGAGUAGAUUCUGUAGAUUUAGUAUCACUCAGUUUCAUUGUGCCUUGAAAUAUAUUCAUAAAAUAAAAAAUAACUAAUAAUAUUAAUGAUAACAUGGGAGUGCAAAUUCUGCAUUUCUCAGAAAAUGCAUGAGACUUUUUAAAAAUACUAGAUAGUCAAAGCAUGAUAUGUAAAUUUCAAUAAAAUACAAAUUUAGUCUAAACAAAAAGAAAAUAUUUUUUAUUCUAAGUGUAAUAGUGAUAAACGAGACACAAAUUUCCAGGCAUUUCAUUAAAAAACAAACGUUUAAAAUUAAAAAUGUUUAACUUACAAAAUAUACCGUUUUUUUUUUUAUUAUUUGAUUUUUUUAUUACAAACAGUCAAAUUGAUUGAUUGAUGUGACUGAAGAGGCACACUGUCAUCACUUCCUUAGAAUGACCCACACUGUCCCCGGCACUUAUUCAAGAGGUGGCCAGAAAAAUAGAAAUGAUUAUACAUUAUUUAUUUCUUUUAUUCUACAUGUAUAAUUUGGGUUUUGAAACAAAAUGGAUGCUCAUGUUAUCAUAUAACUAGUUUUUUAAAUAUAUUUUUGUUACCUUUGUUUUCCAAUUGAUUAACAUGUAUUGAUUGAUUGAUUGAUGAAAACAGUAUCUGGGUUAUUGAGGUUUGCUAUUAUUGUCUUUUUUAAUUAAUGGAAAUGAAUCAUUCCAUAUUUUACAAUGCUCUAUAUGGGUAUUCAGAUGUUAUAUGUUGAUAGUUUAUGAUUUAAUAUUUCUUGCCUUAAAUGUGGGUCAUUCUAAUAAAAUGUAUUAGUUUAUGCUGUAUACUAAAGAAAUCUGUGCUGAAAUCAGCAUGUCUGAUAAUGUCUGGAAAUGAGAGUUUGUUUUUGGAAAUCUGGAGGACUAUGCAAGUCUUAUGUAAUUGUAGUCUGAUUUUAUGCUGGUUUUAAAUAAUAAAAAAAAGUU